GCGCGGCGGCUGCUGCUUGUCGGGUUCCGUGGAAGUGCUGGGGCAGCGCGGUGGGCACACUGCCUUGUGCUCUGUUACUCCCGUCGCCUCUGUUCUCGCUGCCAUGUGGCUCGCCCCCCUUCUCCUCGGCGUCUUCCUGCUCUCUGGCCCCGUACACGGGAGCAACGGCUCGGCUUCUACUGCUAUCACAUGCUUUACAAGAGGACUUGACCUUAGAAAGGAGACAGAAGAUGUCCUGUGCCCAGCAAACUGUCCUCUCUGGCAAUUUUAUGUGUUUGGGGAUGGAGUUUAUGCCUCACUUUCCAGUGUCUGUGGAGCUGCCAUACAUAGGGGUGUGAUCACUAAUGCAGGAGGAGCUGUAAGAGUGCAGACUCUCCCGGGACAGGAAAACUACCCUGCUGUAAAUGCCAAUGGGAUCCAGUCUCAGGUGCUAACUAGAUGGGCUUCGUCUUUCUCAGUGACUCGUAUCAAGAACACAGCACUUGAAUCAGUUGGACGAUCAGUAUCAACAGCACGUCCCUCUACAGGUAAAAGACCCAAGAAGCUACUUGAUAAAAAGGCUGGAAACAAAGACUGUAAAGCUGAUAUUGCAUUUCUCAUUGAUGGAAGUUACAACAUCGGCCAACGUAGAUUUAAUUUGCAGAAAAACUUUGUUGGAAAAGUAGCUGUGAUGUUGGGAAUUGGGACAGAAGGACCUCAUGUUGGAGUUGUACAGGCUAGUGAACAUCCAAAAAUUGAAUUCUACCUGAAAAACUUCACUGCUGCAAAGGAAGUUUUGUUUGCCAUAAAGGAGCUGGGGUUCAGAGGAGGCAAUUCUAAUACAGGGAAAGCUUUGAAGCACACAGCCCAGAAAUUCUUCUCUUUGGAAAAUGGAGCACGCAAAGGAAUUCCCAAGAUCAUUGUUGUGUUUCUAGAUGGCUGGCCCUCGGAUGAUAUAGAAGAAGCUGGCAUAGUAGCCAGAGAAUUUGGAGUAAACGUAUUCAUUGUAUCUGUAGCAAAACCCACAACAGAGGAGCUGGGAAUGGUACAAGACAUUGGUUUUAUUGACAAAGCAGUCUGUCGAAACAAUGGCUUCUUCUCUUACCAGAUGCCCACCUGGUUUGGUACUACCAAAUAUGUAAAACCUCUUGUCCAAAAACUGUGUUCACAUGAGCAAAUGUUGUGUAGCAAGACGUGCUACAACUCCGUCAACAUCGGUUUCUUGAUAGAUGGUUCCAGCAGCGUUGGAGACAGCAACUUCCGCCUCAUGCUUGAAUUCAUCAGCAAUGUGGCAAAGGCCUUUGAGAUCUCUGACAUUGGUUCCAAGAUUGCAGCUGUGCAGUUCACCUACGACCAGCGUACAGAGUUUGGCUUCACUGACUACACCACAAAGGAAAAGGUCCUCUCAGCUAUCCGGAACAUUCGCUACAUGAGUGGUGGCACUGCUACUGGGGAUGCCAUUUCUUUCACAACCAGAAAUGUGUUUGGGCCAGUGAAAGAUGGACCUAACAAAAAUUUCCUUGUUGUUUUGACUGAUGGUCAGUCUUAUGAUGAUGUUAGAGGACCUGCUGCUGCUGCUCAAAAAACAGGAAUAACAGUCUUCUCUGUUGGUGUUGCCUGGGCACCUUUGGAUGAUCUGAGAGACAUGGCUUCUGAACCAAGAGAAUCUCACACAUUCUUCACCAGGGAGUUCACAGGAUUGGAGCAGAUGGUUCCUGAUAUUAUUAGAGGCAUCUGUAAAGAUUUUUUGGACUCUAGACAAUAAACCAAAAAUCUGCUCCUGGAUUUUGGAACUACUUUGGAACUAGAAAUCAUGAAACGGAAAUGGUCCCUCUGAUGUUGCAUUCUUAUAUAUACUAUCAUAUUGCAAGGGAAGAAGGAGGGCUACUUUUUGUUUCUGUAGUCAGUUGAGGAUUCUUGUGAGCUUGUUAGAAGUUGUACUCAAUAUUAGAAUGCAGAAUUUGGCCAACAGCUAUGAUUUUCAAUAUGUAUACAGUAUUUCCAAGUCUCAAGCUACACCUAUCAUGCACAUAAGGCUAUUGGGUAUCAGCAGAAUCAACAAUACAGCUCUGAGUUUCUUGCUAUCACUUGCUAAAUAUCUUCCUACAAGUUAAAAAUAAUAUAAAUGCACAGUACUCUAAGCCUUCUCUAGUGUACAAUUCUGUGUAUUUUCAAGGAGUUCUGCUGAUAGUGUGAAGUACUUUUAGUACUUCAGUUGUGUGACAUCCAUCAUUGCCAGGCAGUUUAAGAAAAGAUAUGACAUUGUAGCUAAAUGGUCUUUUUUUAACUAGUUGAAGUUUUACUAUUGUGAACAAUACUGCCAUCUGCUUGGCAAAGUUUACAUCAAAAAGCAUUUCUACCCACAGAUUUCUGUGGCUCUAUGUUGUUGGGUUCUUUUAGCACAGAUUUUGAAAGGUAUUUAAGGCGCAGUAGUUCUUUUUGAGGAACUGAAUCCUGACCUAUUCGCUGAUACUACUGCUUCCUAAACCACUGAAAUCAACAUUGGUAUUCCUAAUAUCUAGUAAUUUUUUUUUUCCCAUUUACUGCCUUGUACUAUCUUGAUUUUACAAAGUGAUGAUUGGCUAGA